AUGGAUAGACUUCUUCAGUUCGUUUGCGAUAAUUCUGAGUUUUACCAGUUUUCAGUCGUCCUAAAGCGUUUUGUGGAACAACAAGAUCAAGUUCCUGACACGAAUUACUUAGAAUCUCUACAGCUGGUUUUACAGACGCUUGAAAAAUCACAACACCUCAGCGAGGAUUUGGUUACGAAGGUUUUGCGAGAGGUGUGUUGGCCGAUCGUGUACAGUCGUUCGGACGGAAGCCAAAGAAAAAAGUUACACCUUUGUUAUGAUAUUGUAGCGUUAUGUUGCUCCGUUUAUCCGACAAAAGUACUGUCAGAAGUUCAUGAGAAAUCCUUAGAGAUUCUCAGGCGGUAUGUUUCAGAGAAAAGUGCCACUGACGAAAAUGCUCAUGAUGUUUCGGUGACAUUGGACCUCAUCGGAAAUCUUGUCAAGCCAGAGGCCUUUGAGUCUGGUGAAGAUGCUGGGCUAACCUCUGGAGAAUUCGGAGAUGAACUCUUCAAGGAACUGUUAAAUCUGUUACCCUGCACUACUGAGAAGUUAUGUGCCAAGCUGACUGGUGCUGUGCUGCCGCAUUUCCUGAAAUUCAAAAGAACCGAAAGGUGUGAGGUAAGGUAAUGUAAUUUGUUAAAUAAGUAAGUGUGGUUUAACUAGCUCCCUCCCUCUCCCUCUCUCCAAAGUUCAAAGUUUGGCCCAAGUAGAUGGUUGGAGCGCAGUUGAGAAUUUCCCCUAAGUCAAGUGUGAGCUUCUCAACUUAAUUAUAUGACCUAAUAUCCAGGUUAUGUAACUGGGAUUAAUUUGAUUGAGGGAACAUUUUUAUAAUAAUAUUAUAAUUGUAGCCUGCUUCGUUGGCAGAAUAUUUUGCACACAACUGUUAGUAAACACCUGUGGAAUGAAUUUAACUGUAAAUCUGUGACAGUGCUCCAAGCUGUGACCGUUUUGGUUGCCAUGGUGAGAAGAAAAAAAUUUUGGCAAAUAAAAUUGCCGUGAAAGUCGUUGAUUUGGUGACCUGUGUUCAGUGAUCACGUGCCAAGCUAUUCCCAAGAAAUUCCCGAGGUUCUGGGAGAAGCGUUUUUAUUGUAGUUAGUGUUUAUGGUCUUUUUAAGUUAAAGUGAGAUUUUGUAUUAAAUAUCAUUUAUGCUCUGUUUUCUUGAUAAUUUGCCUGGUUUCACCCUGUUUCUCUGGGUAUUAAGUCUUCAGAUGUUGUGUGCACCUCCAAAUUCUACUGCGAUGGUGGGCAGCCAUUUUGAUUCUUUCAAACAUUUGUGUAGUAUUGCACAAAGUCUCUGUUUUCUCUGGCAACCGAUAUUUUGUCUGGUGACCAUUUAACAGUUUUAGGUCACCAAAAGGUGACUUCGAAAAAAGUGAAGACUGCUCACAGUCCCCUAUUUUUUUGUGAGAUUGUCGAGGAUGUAGCACGUCUUAUGUACCAAGGGGGCAGGCGUCGGGAUUAUAGCUCUAGGGGGAGGGGGGCGAGAAAAAUAGAGGGACUGUAAUAACAUUGCACCAGCAAUGCAGGCGUUUGAUUGGUAAUUAGACAAUAGAUGUUAAUUUGCGUUGACAUCAGGUUUAGUUUAAAUUGCCGACACUGACAAGUCGUUGACAAGUCAUCGUUUCUAUAAAACGUAUGCUUUCAUAAUAAUACCAUAAGGCACAUCUUGCGCAAACACACAAAGGAUUUUUGGUAUUUUUUGGAUGAAUCACGUAAUCCAACAUGCCUUUGAAGCAGCCUGACCAGGAGAAUGUGGUAACUCAGUUUUUGCCAAACAAAUUGAAUUUUAACGCUCCGCCAAUGCAAAAAAGAUGACCUUUCAGAAAUGCUGGCUUUUUGUAGGGAGGUUUAACUGUUUUAACCUGUGGUGAAGUGAGCAUGCUUAGGACUUCGAUUAGGAAAAUGUGUCACUUUUGAAUGUUUGCAGAUUUUUUUUUUUGGAGUAAUGGCCCAGAAACUGUAUAAAAUCACUGCUUUGAAGGGAGAUAUUUGUAAAUAAGCAAUAUCGAUGCUAAACAUGUCCGGCAUGUUUUUCAUCACCAGCAGAGUUUCUUAAUUAAUGAAUUGUAAAAGGCAUGAAAUUCCUGUCACGCCUCCUGAACACAAGCUGCAGUGAUGUUAUUACAGUCCUUUCUUUUUCUCACUUCCUCCCAAACCGCUCCCACCUCCUAAGUAGUUUUGACACUCAUGCAAGAUGACAGCCCGUAACGGAAAGCGCUCGAUCUCGAUGAUCUUGUGGAAAAAUAGAGGACUGUGAACAGUCUAAAAAAAGUUGAGCUUGGACCACCGCACGAGAGGAAUGGGCAAAAAUCCGAGAUCUGUAGAGUACUUAAUAUAACCUGAAAUAAUCCACCUCACACUGUUUGUUAAUAGUUUCAAUGCCAACUGUUCCCAUUUCUUUAGCUGUUAAUUUGUCUGUAAUAUCAUAAUUCUUUUUCAGCAUAUACAGGAAUGAGAACAGUUUUCUUACCUGUUAUAUACAGAUGAAAGUAAUAAAGCAUUUAGGGUGCCACGAAAUUUACUAUGCCGGGCAGCAUUUUUGCUUAAGUUUUUGCCAUAUGUCAUGAGAAAUAACAAGAUUUACCAAAGAAUGAUAAGGAUGACUUCAAAAUAAAGCAAUAGCAAUUGAAAUAACAAUAGCUAAAGUACGACUAUAUUUUGACCUCAAGUGCUAAAACUCUUUCACAUUCCUCAAGAGAGACAACUCCAGGCCUCCAUUUGUUAAACAUUUGGCAGCAUGAUAUUUCACAUACUCCUCCCCUCUUCACAAUUCUAUAUUCCCAAUAUUUAUGGGCUUGGGAAUUGGAAAAGUGGUAAAUCCCAAGCUGUCCCCAUGCUUGCCGCCACAAAAAUUUUUUACAAAAUUUCAAAUCCUCCCACCACCCAUGAUUGUUAAUCCUUAUAUUUCGACAGCGGACACUCAAAUCAGCACUUCUUCAUUAGUUUUUUUAAAAUGUCUCCUUCUUAUCUUCAUUCUUUAUUUUUCACCUAUAGUUUUUUAUUUAUUCAUUUGUUUUUCAGUUUCCAUUCUUGUGCUUAAACUCACAAAAUAUGUCGGUUACUGACACCUUUCAAAAAAAAUUUCAUCCAGACCAUAUUCUAUUAUUCAGUUAGUAAAGUUCAUGUUUAAAUAGACUAUAUAAUAUGUUGUUUUCACUCAUUUUUUAGGCAGUGUGGCAUGUAGUGAAACUGGUAUUCCAAAAUGAAGAAACUGAGUCAACAACCAAAACAUUUGCUAUUCUCUGUGGUCUUGCAGACUUCUUUUGUAGCCCAGGCAACAGCUACAACCUUUUUGAAAAACCUGAGUUUUGGGAAAUGAUUCAGAAUGGUAUCGUGUUUAAUGAACCUCUUUCAAGAAAAAGGUCCAUGUAUCUUUUAAAAAGGUCUUUAGAUGUUUUGGACAAGCAGUUGGGUGAUUUAUCAGUAGAAAGCAAGAAAGGAAAUCGCCUCUUUUACUGGGCAUCUAUGAAUAAGAAUUCUCUGAGGAGUUUAUGGCAGGAUUUUGUCCUAAUUAUGGAGACUCUGGAUGAAAAGCAGGUAGAGAUUCAUUCGCAAAUUUAUGGAAAGGCAAUAAUUUUUUUUUUAAUCACAAAUAUCACUACAGACCAAAUUAAAGUAAAAAUUAAAACAUAAAAGAUUCUGAGAAAUGUUUGGUAGCAGUGAAAAAAAAACUACAAAAGCACUCAUGUGAUGGUUCAUACUGUUUAAUUAUUUAGGCAUGAGACAUACUGCCCUUGGUGUAUUAAUUCUGACAUCAGGAGAGCUGAUAGCUAAGCAGAUAAGAGAAUUUUAGUAUAGCUAUGAAAAAUAUGAAAUGGGAUUCCGGAUCCCACAACACAAAUUUCCAGGAUUCAAGAGUUCACAAGCAAAAAUUUCCCGGAUUCCCUCACAUGGGGCAAUAAAGACCUGUACAUAAUAUAAUAUUACUUUGUAACUUUCAAAUUUCAGGCACACAUCAUCAAACCAGUUUUGCCACGAAUAUCCAGUAUAGUGGACGCCACUAAGAAAAUCAUUAAUGGUAAGAUGCAUAGGAUAAGCUCAAACAUGUUAAAUUCUUAUUAUGUUUUCUUUUAAUUAUUGUAUGUAAUCCUACAGGCCUCUCAAAGAUCACCAUUGUAAUCUUUUAAUGGUUGGCUCGGCAGUGCAUAACCCUUGUGCCAAAUCACCGUUUCUUGAAUUUUGUACCUUUUGAUUGAUUUGCAAACAAGGAAAUCUUACCUUUUAUGUAAACUCUCAUGUUCAUUAGUAUUCUUUGUAUAUAGUAUUCAUCCUAAUCAGCAUUCCUUUUCAAAUCAAUCCCCUGACUUUCAGUAAGAUGAAUUUUACAGGGUAAUAUAAGGGUUCUUCCCCUGAUUAAAUCCAUGCAUUCAAUUGGAAAAUAUGCCUACUGAAUCUGUAUGAGUUUUUGAAGUUCUUUAUAGCAAGAACCGCAAUUAUUAACUUUUCAGCUAUUUUAAUUAUAGUUUUUCUUAACAGUACGUGAAAGUUUUCCUGCCGUUUUACCUUGUAGGUGAAAUAAUGCUGGAUAUUUCUUGGCUCCUUACACUGUACUACAGAGCAGCCCAACAUGAUAACAAGUUUAUCUGCAGAUGGGCCAUCCUGGACCUUCUGAGUAUGGAUCUUAGUUGCUCUCCACUUCUGAGCCCUUGCUAUUGGUGGUUCCUCUAUGGUCCCCUUAUGAGAAUGCUGAGUGAGUAUAAUAUUUAUGCCAGGUCAGAUGAUGACAUGAAGGGAGAUGCACCUGCCGUCGGGAUGGCCGUUGUCGCGUUUUUCACAAGCUUUGCUGAACGCCUCCAGGUCAAUAACAGGCCAGCGUUUUGUGCUGGACUUCUAUCUGCAAUUGUCAGGCAAGAAUUUACCCAAGUUCCUCUGGUAUUUAUGUCGCAGAUGUUGGCAAGUUUGCCUUCUUGUCCGGCUUGGGAUUCCGAAGCGCUGUCAAUCAUUCGUGGCAUCUUUCCUUUGUUUAGAACUUUCAACCCACAUAUGACUGUAGCUAUUCAAAGUUUUCUCUUGAAGGCAGUUAUAAAUCUGACGAAUCCAAGACGUGUGAGCUGGACUGUCCUUGGUGAUUUCCUCUCUCUUUUUUCUACUAUCGAUUGCUUGUGCCGGGGAAACGAUUUGUGGGAAGCAACGGUCAAUUUUGUUGAGGAGAUUCGCGGUUCUGUGUGUCACGAAACCCCUGUUGAAUCAGGACUAAGUGAACUGACGAGUACUUCCAACCCGUUUGACCACCUAAAGAGUAGAAUAGAAGCAUUUCUUAAUGAUCAAACACCGGUGAUUCCAGCCAGUGAUUCCGAGGCACAGUCUGUGAUACGAUUAUUGGUUAUCUCGUGUGACGCUCAUCUCAAGUUUUCAAAGAAUUUAACAACUAAACAGCCAGUGCAGGAAAUUCUUCAGCAAAUCGUUACAGUCAUUCAUCAUGCAAGUAGCCAUGUUUAUGCCCCAGACCGCAAAACAGAACGGGCGGCUAUCCUUCUAUCGGGCAUUUUACACCACUUAAACAGUACUACACCAGCCUGCAGUCGGAGCUCCAGUCAAAAAACAGUGAGGGUUGGUAAUUCAAAACUGAAGGUCGAUAACAGCGCAUAUUUAAUGUGUGAACUGCUUAGGUCGAGUGGGCCCGACAUGCUAGAGCUCUUACUAAGGAAACUAACCACGGCUGCCAUGAAUGUAUCUCACGCAGAUUUCAGCUUUGCGUUUCUUGACCUUGCAAAUGAGUUGUACAUUUUUAUGACUGCGAACAUUGGAGGCCAGGAAGUGGAAUGUUAUUAUCACUUUAUUGACAAACUCAUUCAGAAAAGCAGAAAAAUGGUUUUGGAUAAACAGUCAGGCAGACAGCAUCUUACAUUAAGUGACUGGCGUUCGUUUGCUUUGUCGAUGAAGUGCCUUGUCUUUUGCUGUAACGUUUUGAAGACCGAGCAACUCCCCUCUUCAAGCUAUUUGGUGUACACUUUGUUACAAACGAUAGCUGAACUCGACCUAAGUUCUGAGUUUCCAAAACCUAAGUUCCUGUACCCAGGUGAAGAAGGUGAUCAUACAUCAACAGAAGCUGGUCCGCUUAUUAAGAAAGGCUGGGGAAGACUGGUGUCUGACGUUUUGGAAGCUCAGUGGCUGUGCGUGGGAUUCCUGAUUGAAGAAUCUCAGCGCUACACCGAAGACAAAGACCAAGAAAUGAAGAAGAAGUUAGAGAAUUUCCUAGUGGAUCUGCCUGAAACCACCAUUAAAGCCCUAUCUCUCGGCUCGGGUCAAGCGAUUUUACCCGUCAUAAAAUGCGUCCGCUUAUUAACUCCUCGCAUGCUGCUGAAAGAUGCGUCAUUGUGUUCGCGGGCCUUGGAGUCCGUUUGGUGGACAUUUCAGAAUCGACAAAAGGGAGAUCACAUCUGGUUUUGGGGAACGUUGAGAGAAAUCACUCAAGUGCUUUUCAGCCCCUGCCUUUUGACUCUACCGGAAGACCACCCCAUCACUGCAAUCGUGCGCAAGUACUGGGCCGAGCUGUUGGCUAUGGGAGAAGACCGUCCAGGGAUCGUGAAUCAUGUGAUCGAGCCGUGCUGUAAGUUUUGGACAAGUUCACACUGUGAUUACAACCACGCAAUUUCAGCUUCUCAAUUUAGUGAGGGAGAUCGUAAACAGAGCUUGGAGGUUCACCUUGACUUUAUCAUCGAAGCCAGCAUUUUUGGUCCCAGUGAAAAGAAGACCAUUCGUGUCACUAACUUCGUACUGGAGUACGUGCACCGUCUGAGUGAACAAUACGAGAUAUGCCCUGUAACUGUGAACGAAUUGCGUGAUGACACGCGUGUGCGAGUGAACGCGAUCAAUACACUUAUGAUGUUAAGUCCAAAAGAUCCACGCGAUUCCAAGCUUCUACAGCGCGUCAUCCAUGCAUUAAUUGCCAAAAAUAGUGAUCUACUGGAAGAUAAACCACGAUCAUCUAUUAAUUCCUACGCCCAUAGAAGGAAGCACCGGGUGUGGCAGGCAGUGCUUGUUAGCCUGUCCCGUUUACUUGAAGAAGGAGAUGCAACAGAAUCGUUUUUUCGUCAGGUUUUAGAAGGAAUGUUUGGUGCCAUUCUUGGCGAUAACCAAGUGUCUGUACGAAACUUCGUUCAGUGGGGGUUGGUGCUCAUACUGGGCAGGUAAAGACACUGAGAUGACAGGGGUUACUUUACUAUUAUUUUUGGAAAACAACAAGUUUUGUUUUAUUAACUGACUGUGUUGGUAAAGUCAAAUGACCAUGGUAGAAAGAUUCAGAAGCUGACGUUUCGACAGCUAUUGUAGUGGUGAAUUUAAAUCAACAAAUCAGUUGAUGAAACGAAACUUUUCUCUGGCACUCUUUCACCGAGAUUUGCAGUGUCACAGUUUGAUCGUUGCCACUUUUUCGGGAUCUACGCCCGUAUUAUGUGUGCUCUUUGAUUUUUGAUUAAUUUGUUCACUGGGUUGCAAUACUUUUUUAGUUAGAAAAAGUAUCCCCCAAUACCUCUUCAAGACUGAAACAUUAAAGUUCAUUUCACAAUAAUCUCUGUGCAAAACCCUCAAAUUCAAGUGGAGAAAAGCUUGAAUCAAGUAUAAGGGAAAUUGUGUGAUGCAAGUAUGGACAAAAACAAAGGAAGUCAGUGUUUUUUGAACGGUUACCAAAAAUGUCAUAUUUUGGUUAGGCCCAGGAGAUGUACCGUAUAUAUUUUUUAGGAAAGAAAAAAUAGAACUCGUCUAUAGUGAGAAUUAUAUUGUGUAUUUCCAUUUAUUUUACUAGGUUUCCAAAUCUGCUGCCGUUUCUAUGGGAACAACUCAAGUAUCAAGUGGACAGACGAAGUGGCAGUGUCUUCCCACUCCUUGUUGUUGCUGCUGUUGUUGGCGAAUUCUCGUUCUCAGAUUCCUCCUCCCAAACCGCGUACUUCCGACGAGCUUUUCCCACCAUUCUUCCCUGGGUACUAGCCUCCCAUGUCAUGGUAGGUGGAUACGGUAACGCAAUGAUUUUUAGUGUUUUCUUGUGUUUCUUGGGAUCUAACGAUGGACUCAAUUCACGGGACCACGGUGUACGGGGCUGUCAGACACCUUACUUUGUGCCUAUGGCAAAUAAUAGUAAGAUAUAUGAAAUAUAACUUCGAUGUAACGAGACCUCGUUAUAGCGAAUAUGUUUUGCCAGUCUCUCGGCUCUUCGUUUUUUGGACGUGCCUACUUGACUACUCGGUGCGAUUGCAUCAAGACAAAAAUAUACAAAAUUUUGUAGAAAAAAUCAUUGCUGUGUCUUCUAAAGGCGCCUGUUCAUGUCCUCGUGGUUUUACUGAAACAAACUUGCAGAAAUUUCUUACCAGUUCAUUUCCAACCGAUACGCGACUUAGUUCGAAGCUAGAGCAAGUACAAGUCUGUUAGCUGAGUUUUUUUAGCCUGUACACAGACGUUGUUUUAUUUUUCUUUUCGUUCUUUUCGAGAACACCGGCGAGCUCGCGAGCGAAACGAGCUUGGAGCGCGAGAAAGAAAAUUUAUUUUCUUCUUCCUCCACCCCUACCUCCUUACGCUAGUAGGCAAUAAAUCCCCUGCGGUUUAUAUUUUAUCACGCGCGCUCGACGGACUUUGAAGAGAAAAUAGAGGGUCUGUGAACAGGCUAAGUUUUUAAACACCCUAAUUCGUUUCGAAUUUGCUGUGUUUUGGUCUAACAGAAACUUAACCUUUUCUCUCUUUCAGGUUCAGGCUUACGCGCAGGUCGCGUUACAGAAAAUGUGGCUCACCUGCCAGCGGCAGAACUUACGCGAGGUCAUGUCUGAUUACGCGGUCAUCGAGUCCUGUGUGAAUUUCCUAGAAUCAAGCAACGAAGGCCUUCGUCAAAAGGUUCGUGUGUUGGGAGAUUUCUUCUUCCUUGACUUGCACCCUUACCUUGACUUUUCUGUGCAGACUCUGUACGAGAUUCUUCCUCGCCUAGCGGAGGUAACUGAUGAAGAGUGGAUUUCUCCCAACGGUUUCAUGAAUGGAACACUAGGCAUGCGAGUUUGGAAGUCACAUGGGGAUGGUUUUCAUAGAUUGAAACUUAUUAACCCAGAUGAUACACGUCUGUCAAAGUUACUGGAUGCUCCACGAUAUAACUACGAAGAAGGCAUCGGAGAACAAAUAAUGCGAAGAUUAACUGGAAAAGCAAUUUACGAGAAGAAUGAGCUUCAAGGCAAUGACGUCAUGUGUAGACUUCAGAGUGGUGAUGUACAGAAGAAGAUCAGACCAUGGAAAGUGAUCCCACCUGAUGAAGAAAUGAUGUCUGAAAUUCAACAACAGCGCAUGGUAAAUAUGCACAAGAAUUCCGCUGGAAACCUGAUUGUAGUCGCAUCACUGAUCGACAAGGCUCCCAAUCUCGGUGGUUUGUGUCGCACCUGCGAGAUUUUUGGCGUACAGACACUGGUGCUGAGUAACUCACAUGUGAUUGAAGACAUUCAGUUUAAAUCGCUGAGUGUGAGUGCUGCUAAAUGGAUGAAUCUUCAAGAAGUGCGCAUAUCAAGUCUUAAGUCCUAUCUAGAGAGCAUGCGUCAUGAGGGGUACACUCUGAUCGGCGUCGAACAAACAGCCAACAGUGAGAGCUUGACUCGGUACCAGUUUCCGCAUAAGACGCUGCUAUUACUUGGUAAUGAGAAAGAGGGAAUACCGGUUGACCUCAUUCAGAUGUUGGACGUGUGUGUGGAGAUCCCGCAGGUUGGGAUCAUUAGGUCUUUGAACGUGCACGUGAGUGGAGCUCUUAUUGUUUGGGAAUACACGCGACAGAGGCUUCUGGAAGCAGGAACACGUGAUCAUAUCACCACUGACAUGUGA